GCAAGCCGCACAGUUGACAGCGGGUUUUCGAGCGAGUCGGAGCGUCGUCUCUUGGCAAAGCAUAAAAAAAAUAAAGUAAAAUAGUGAACAAAGUGAAUAGAACUCCUUAGUUAGUUAUCAUAGUUAGUCUUGACUUGACUUCACUGCAACUCAGUUCAGUUCAGUUCAGUUUAGUGUUCAGAAUGCCGUUCCCCAUUCAUCCGCCCAAGCAGAUGCCCUGCCCCCAUUGGCAGCACUUUCCGAUUAGUCCAGUGGACAGCAAACCAUCGCCAUUUGGCAGCAACAACGGCAACGGCAAUAAUAACGGAGUCGCUGCUGUGGAGAAUAAGCCACCGGAGCCACAAUCCUAUCGCUAUUGUGUCCAUUGCAAGGCAGCCGGCAAAGAUGUGAGCGACAUGUCAAAGGACUAGGACUAGGACUACGAACGAGAUCGCUGGACAAUUGCACUCAGUGUUCACCUUGACGCCACCUCGAACUUCACCCCACUUCACCUUCACCACACACACAAACACACACACACACACACUCAACACUCUUCAGACUUCAAUCAAAGCAAUGUGAAAACACUUCUUGGGCCCCAAUCUCAAGUGGGAGAGAGAGAAACAACCGCAAUGAGUGCAAUUCAUUGAUACGCGUCUCUUAUUAAAGUUAGUUUCAUGUUAUUAUUAUUAUUUUUUUUGUUUGCCUUGCAAGCUUCAUUUGUGCCAAUUUUGUAAUCAUUUACAUUUUUUUUUAUAUAUAUAUAUAUGUACUUGUAUGUAUGCUUAAGCUAAGAUAUUUUAUACACAUAUUUUCUAACUAUAUUUGGUAUAACAACAAAAAAUAAACACAAAAUAAAACGCA